AUGAUCUCAUCCCGUAGGCAUGCACACACGAGUACAACAAGGAAGCACCCCCUGAUUUGUUUGUGUGCUGGUUUCAGGACUGAGUGAGGUUUUUGUGUUUCUGGCUAUGCAUCGGCUGAUUGACGUGAUCGUCACAUCAGCUGGUGGAGUGGAGGAGGAGUUCAUCAAGUGCAUGGCCCCCACAUUCAUCGGUCAGACAGAUCUAUGACGACCACACAUACACACACAGCCAGCCAGCCAGCACAUUGUCUGUGUCUGUCUGUCUCUCUGCACUCACUGCGCAGACGAACACACACACGAGCCACCAGCAAGCCGUCUACAUUCGUGGUGCAUUUUUGUGUGUGUGUGUAGGUAUGCGUGGUGUGAGGUGCAUGUUUCCGGUGACCUUUUCUAUGCUGAGAGUGAGUCGCUGCCCUGUGAUAGCACCGUACGGUGUGGUAGAGAGUACGCUGUGA